AUGUCUCCUUACACCGUUAGUAAUGUUCAAGACCUAAGAAUAUGCGUUGUUAUGGUUGGUUUACCGGCAAGAGGUAAAUCGUUUAUAUCUCAGAAGAUAGUCCGUUACUUGUCAUGGUUACUAAUUAAAGCCAAAUGUUUUAACGUAGGUUCUUAUAGAAGAGAAACGACUCAACAACCAAAUGCAGAUUUCUUUGAUGCUAACAAUAAGGAAGGUUUAAAAAUUAGACAAUUAGCAGUGACUAAUGCAAUAACUGACAUGAUGGACUGGUUUAAUAAAGAAAAUGGUGUAGUUGCCAUACUAGAUGCUACCAAUACCACUAGGGAAAGGAGGAAUUGGGUUUUAAAGCUGUGCAGACAAAACAGAAUUGAACCAAUGUUUUUGGAAAGUUGGUGUGAUGAUCAAGAUUUAAUUUUAAGAAAUAUAGCCGAAGUUAAAACUACUUCCCCUGACUAUGUAGGUGUUGAACCUGAAGUGGCCACUAAAGAUUUCUUAAAUAGAAUCAAAAAAUAUGAAAAGAUCUAUGAGCCCUUGGAUGAAACUUAUGAUCAAGAUUUGACCUUUGCCAAAUUAAUUAAUAUUGCCCAACAAGUUAUAGCCAAUAAAAUACAAUCAUAUUUGGAAAGUAGAAUUGUAUUUUAUGUGAUGAAUUUACAUAUUAAACCAAGAUGUAUUUAUUUAUCAAGACAUGGUGAGUCUAUUUAUAAUUUAGAGAAAAAAAUUGGCGGUGAUUCCUCAUUAUCUCCUCGUGGGCUGAAAUAUGCAGAAAAGUUACCUGAACUAGUUAAACAAGAUGCUGGGGACGUGGAUUUGACAGUAUGGACAUCUACUUUGAUUAGAACACAGGAGACCGCACAAUAUUUACCAUAUAAGCAAUUGCAAUGGAAGGCCUUAGAUGAGCUAGACGCAGGGGUCUGCGAUGGAAUGACUUAUGAGGAAAUCGAAAAGGAGUUUCCUGAAGAUUUUAGAGCAAGGGAUGAAAAUAAGUAUGAAUACAGGUAUAGAGGUGGUGAAUCUUAUAGAGAUGUUGUUAUCAGAUUGGAACCUAUUAUUAUGGAACUGGAACGUCAGGAAAAUAUUUUGAUUAUCACCCACCAAGCUGUUCUGCGUUGUAUAUACGCCUAUUUUAUGAACGUUCCACAGGAAGAAUCUCCUUGGGUUGCCAUUCCGUUGCACACAUUGAUUAAAUUGGAACCAAGAGCUUAUGGUACCAAAGUAACCUUAAUUAAAGCUGAUAUUCCUGCUGUUAGUACUUAUAAAGAGAAGGGCACUAGUCAAGUUGGUGAAGAUGAUAAAUCUACCAAUAUCAAAACCCGGAACUUGUUAAUGACAUCAUUAUAG